AUGCACCCAGCCGUUCCCCAGUCCUCCGCCUCGGCGACGCGCUUACAGCCCGGGGCGCGAAAAGGUUCUGCGUUCUGGCUCUGCUUCCUGGCCAUAGUCGUCUGCAAUAUUCUCAGCGCCCUCGACGUCACUGCCGUCUCGACCGUGCUUCCUACCAUUACACAUGACCUCGACGGCGACAACGACUUCGUCUGGAUUGGCGCCGCCUAUGGGCUCGCUAGUACGGCGGCUCUCCCGCUCUGUGGCCGUCUGGCCGACGUGUUUGGUCGCCGGCCAAUCAUGCUGAUGGCCGUCGCGUUCUUUUUUGUCGGAAGCGCACUUUGUGGGUCUGCACGGAGCAUGCGCAUUAUUAUUGUGGCACGAACCAUCCAGGGAAUCGGUGGCGGCGCGAUUAACACCAUGUUCUCCAUCAUCCUCUCCGAUCUCGUCCCGCUCGUGGAGCGUGGUCUGUUUCAAGGGCUAGUAGUUAUCGCAUGGGCGUUUGCCGCCGCAAUCGGUCCUGUCGUCGGUGGCUCCCUCGCGCAAAAUGCAUCAUGGAGAUGGCUUUUCUACAUCAAUCUACCCCUCGCAGGGAUCGCGUUCGCGCUCGUCGCGGUCUUCCUUCGCGUACGCACACCUGAAGGGACCAUCCGGGAAAAACUUGGACGUCUGGAUGGGACCGGAAACUUCCUGAUUAUAGCGGGCACGACACUCGCACUCAUCGCGUUGACGUGGGGCGGAAUCACGUACCCUUGGACCAAUGCGCACGUUCUCGCACCACUGAUCCUCGGCGGGGCGCUCAUCGUGGCAUUCCUCGCAUACGAAAUGUCCGUUCCACGAGAGCCGACAGUUCCACUCGAUAUCCUCAAGAAUCGCACGAGCUUCGGCGGAUUUCUGUCCACCUUCGUGCAUGGCAUCGUCAGCAUCUCCCUUAUCUAUUACUUCCCCGUGUACUUUCAGGCGUGUAAGCUGUCAAGCCCGGGGACUUCCGGCGUACAAGUCCUUCCAACCGCCGCAUUCACCUCCGUCGCGGCGGUGACGUGCGGGAUCACGGUCAAGAAGACCGGCAUGUAUCGCCCCAUAAAUUACCUAGGCUGGGUCAUGACAACGGUCGGUCUCGUGUUGCUGUCCACACUCAAGGCGGACUCGGGAAAGGCCGAGUGGGCCGCAUAUCAGGUCAUAGCGGCCAUCGGAAUAGGGCUGAACUGGGUCGCAGUGGUAUUCCCCAUUCUAGCGCCGCUACCAGUGGCGCGCGGCGCGCCCGCCCUCGCCUUCUACAACUUCCUCCGCACGUUCGCCCAGACAUGGGGCGUCACCAUCUCUGCGACGAUCGUCCAGAACGAACUCAAGCGGAAGCUGCCACAGGCGUUCCUCCAGACGCUCGAUGGCGGCGCGGAGAUCGCGUUCGCGGUGAUCCCGGCCCUCCCACACUUGCACGAGCCGCUACGCACCGAAGUGCGCGAGGCGUUCGCUGAGAGCCUGGCGACGAUCUGGAGGGUGAUGGCAGGCGUGUGUGCUGCGGGCUUCGUGGCGGUGGUCCUGAUGCGCGAGGUGCCGAUGCCGACGUACACAGACGACCAGUACGGAUUGCAGCAGCAGAAGGAGUCGGAGGGCGGGCUCACUCACGUCGAGACGGGAGAGCUGUCUGAGGACAAGGUUGAGGAGAAGAUGGGGGUAGAGAUGCCCGUCGUCAGCGCUUCGAGUGUUGUGGUGUCUGCGCCUGCGGUAUAG